GUCGACUGGCGACCGGCAGUUACUUGACAAUUUGCGCGUCUCUCUGUGUCAAAAAUUCGUUAAAUUUUGUUCUGUUACUGUUCAGCAAUUAUCUCAUCAAAAUGGUUGCUAUAAAUAAUAGCGACGUAUUGUUUAACAAUUUCUUAAAAACUGCUGAAAAUAUCAUUAAUUAUUACGAUGAUAACAAAGACGAACGCAAUAGAAUAUUGGCUGAAUUAGACGAGGUCGUUAAAGAGAGUUGCGGACAUGAAGAUAAAAUCAGAAAGAUCAAUGAUACAAUAAGACAAAUGCACGACGAUGAUGUGAGCGAUUUGGAAAAGUCAUUGAAAAACUUUCAGAAAAAAAAGAAAGAACUGCUGAAGUAUACUCCAAACGUAGAAGAGGACUCUAACUUUGUUGAAUUCAAACGACAGGUUGAAGAAAUCGUUGGCAGUGUUGAUGGAACCAAAUCGAAAGCAAAUAAUUUAAGCGAUGAUGAUAUAGAAUUCACUCAAGAUGACAUUAAUAUAAUUGAUCCAUUUACUAAAAAGCGGAUGAUUGAUCCUGUAAAAAAUAAAGUAUGUGGUCAUGUUUAUGAACGCACCAGUGCAGUGUCUAUGAUUGAAGCAAACAACAAAACCAAGUGCCCAGUUAUUGGAUGUAUAAACAAAAAUCCAAUUCUCAUGGAAAAUCUUGUAUCCGAUAUGGUGACAAAGAGAUAUUUGCAACAAAACCCAGCUUAAGACAUACAUGAGUUUCAAAAUUUUUUCUUUAUAAAACUAGUUUUCUGUUGUUGAAUUAGAUUAUUUCUUAAAGCCAAAUUUAAGAUUAAAAGACUUUCAAAUAUUAAGGAACAGUAUUACAUUAAGCGUUAAGUUGUAAAGAUGUAAAUCUUUUAAUUUGG